CCCAGCCUCGGCGGUGGAGCUUUCGCCAGGCACGGACUGGGGGACACCGUGGCCGACGGAGCCCCGCCCUCAUGGGCCCAGGGUCCUGCGGGAUCUGGAAUCCGGCCUGACCAACCCCUCUCGCCUCUGGCAGGUGGGAGCCCCGUGGCCGCUCUGCCCCCGCGGGGUGGGGGGGUGCCGGUUCAGUCCAAGGCGCACACCCGGCUAGGCAAGCCUGGAGCCUGUUGGUUGCCUUGUAGGAUUUGGGGGCAAUGCCGCGGCCCUACGUGUGUCCACCCUCCCCCUACUCCCUAAAAAAUAAAAGCGGCCUGGGUCGUGGUUCUGAGUUGGACGAAGGUCCUGGGAGGUGGAACUGGUUUGGGAACCCGCUGUGCGCAUGCGCUUUCGCCCCGCCCACCCUCCUAGCCGCUGGCGGAGGCCUCGCGCACGCGCCCUGACGCGCAGGUAAGCACGGUGGCAGCCCAGCUGCCGGCUGCGCAUGCGCCUUUCUCGCGGUGGAAUUGCCCCGCCUACCGGCCUAACCCCCCUCGCCCCGCGCAUGCGCCGUGGCGCGCAAGUGAGCACGGCGGCCGAGCCAUGGCGUUGGAGGCGAUUCGCUACUCCAGGGGCUCACUGCAGAUCCUCGACCAGCUGCUGCUGCCCGAGCAGAGCCGCUACGAGGCGGUGGAGUCGGUGCGCCAGGCCUGGGAGGCCAUCCGCGCCAUGAAGGUGCGCGGCGCCCCGGCCAUCGCCCUCGUGGGCUGCCUCAGCCUGGCCGUGGAGCUGCAGGCAGGCGCGGGGGGCCCGGGGCUCGCUGCACUCGUGGACUUCGUGCGUGAACAGCUCCGCUACCUCGUCACCGCCCGGCCCACCGCCGUCAACAUGGCCCGCGCCGCGCGCGACCUGGCGGACGCCGCGGCCCGCGAGGCCGAGCAGGAGGGCGCCACGGAGGAGGCGGUCCGGGAGAGAGUGAUCCGCUACGCCGAGGACAUGCUGGACAGAGACCUCCGAGACAACCGGCGCAUCGGUGACCUGGGAGCCCGCCACCUGCUGGAGCGGGCGGCCCCCGAGGGCGGCAAGGUGACCGUGUUGACCCACUGCAACACCGGGGCGCUGGCCACGGCUGGCUACGGCACGGCCCUGGGCGUGAUCCGCUCGCUGCACAGCCUGGGCCGCCUGGAGCGCGCCUUCUGCACGGAGACCCGGCCCUACAACCAGGGGGCGCGGCUGACGGCCUUCGAGCUGGUCCACGAGCGCAUCCCCGCCACGCUCAUCACCGACAGCGCGGCGGCGGCUGCCAUGGCCCGCGGGGGCGUGUCAGCCGUCGUCGUGGGAGCCGACCGCGUGGUGGCCAACGGCGACACGGCCAACAAGGUGGGCACCUACCAGCUGGCCAUCGCCGCCAAGCACCACGGGAUCCCCUUCUACGUGGCCGCCCCCAGCUGCUCCUGUGACCUGGGGCUGGAGUCCGGCGGGGACAUCGAAAUUGAGGAGCGCCCGGGCCAGGAGCUGACCGACUGGUGUGGCGUCCGAGUCGCGGCGCCCGGGGUCGCCGUCUGGAACCCCGCCUUCGACGUCACCCCGCACGAGCUCAUUACGGGCGGCAUCGUCACGGAGCUGGGCGUCUUCGCGCCUGCGCAGUUGCGCACCGCCCUGAGCUCCACCCCCACUCUAGCCGAGCCCCCGCCGCAGUAAAUAAAUGAAAAAAUCAAUUUUAUUAAAAACGCACUCUCUCUGGUUCGA